ACGGAAAAAGUGACUAAAAAAUUCAUGGAUCGAGUUAAGUCCCGACAAAAGUAAACGAUUUCUUUGCCGGCUUUAAAAUGCCAUGAUAGCGGCAAGAUUUUGUGGAUGAAAGAAAGAGACGUUUAUCAGACUUGGAAAAGCGUCACAAUGCUAUGAAGUUUGUCAACACGAGUACCCUGUGCCCUGCGAAAUGAACCGGAUACGAUGUACGAAGUUUCUAUUACUGGUCGUGUUUUUGGGCCUGUUAGCAUAUCUCAUGCUCAAAGAUGAAUCCAUUUGUAUCACUGUAAACAGCGUUCAUAAUCCAAUGACGGCGAGAGAAAUUGCUGCCUUGUUACAAGAAGAUGAGAAAACGGAGAAGCCUUGGACGGGGAGAAAAAGGGGAAAAAUCUUAAGCAGAGUGAAAGAUAAUGAAGAAGUAGAGGCACUUGAGGGUAAACAACAAUCACUCCUCGAUCACUUGAUAAAAGCAAGGAAAAUGGAGGAAGAAUUGAAAAAAAAUAUUAUCCGGCUUACCGCUGAGCUUCGCAACGUUCGUAAGUCCAGAGGCGGAAGUGAACUGAAAAGGCUAAUGGGAGCAGAGGAAUUAAAUCUUCCUACAGUUUUUGUGAUUACUCCCACCUUUAAACGUUUCGUACAGAAAGCUGAGCUUACUCGAGUCUAUCAAGCUCUAAAGCCUGUCAAAAACCUCCACUGGAUUGUGGUCGAAGACGCUGUCAAUAAAACUGACCUGGUCGCUAAUUUUCUGAAGACAUCGGGUUUGAAGUACACUCAUCUAAAUGUAAGAACUCCUGACAUUUUACGCCGCCAUCGGAAUGAAUUGCGACGAAUGAAACCCCGUGGUGUGGUACAGAGAAAUCUGGGUAUUCAGUGGCUACGGGAAAACAUUAAUCCUCACAAAGUAUCUGGAGUAAUCUACUUUGCAGACGAUGAUAAUACGUACGAUAGUAAAAUCUUUGACGAGAUGCGUUGGAUUCAAAGAGUUGGUGUUUGGCCAGUGGCAUUUACAGGAGCAGUGCGUUGGGCAGGUCCCUUAUGUAAGAAUGGUAAGGUAGUCGGUUUUCAUGCAAAGUGGGGCCGGUUUCGUCCAUUUCCUAUCGAUAUGGCUGCGUUCGCGGUGAAUCUAAAAAAGCUGUUGAUCGACUUCCCAAACGCUACGUUCGUGGCAGUAGAGCAGCCUGGAAUGUUAGAAUCAUCAUUACUGAGCCAAAUAACGAAAGUGGAAGAACUGGAACCGGUUACUCCAAACUGUAGCAAGGUUUAUGUGUGGCACACAAGAACAGAAACACCCAAAGACAGCAUUUUAGGAGAGAGACAGUUAAUAAAAAAAGGAAUGCCAUCCGAUAAAAGCAUUGAAACGUAAUCCGUUGUCAUCCCACUUCAACCCUCGAUGCAAUCAAGUCUCUCAAAUAUGUCAAGUCUUAUUCAUCCUUAUUUUAUGACACACAAGUGCUCGAUAAGAAUGAGACUAUAACUGAGGAGUUAUGCCAUGCUACAUCUUUAAAGACGCAGAUGGGGGGACUAUGACAUCCCUGCACCGCAUCAGUACGGCGACUGCACGCAGUAAUCUACAAAAAAACCCUCUGCUCCUGCAGGGAUUCCUAAAAGAGUCCUUUAAGUUCACAUUCCCCAAAAAAUUUAAAACACAGUAUGUUAAUAAUAAUAAUACUGAAUAAUGAUAAAAUAAAAAAAAUUGUACCAUCCAGGGAGAAAAACUGCGAUCACUUUAGCUGAUAGUCUUCAAGAGUGUCAUUAAUCAAAAACUGCGUAAUAAAUCACAAUUAUUCGCUUGAAAAUGGUAUUGGAAGAAACGUGAGCUGGUAAACAAUUAGCACGCCAUCUUAAACUAGUUUUGAGCACAACAUCUUUUGAAAUGGUAUCGAAAGUCUUCGAAUGCUGCAUUUCUUAAAGUAAACCAUUAAAAGCAAGUAUCAGCUCUCAAUUUGCAUCUUGAUUUUAAGCUUACUCUGGCCUUAAAAUAAAAGAAAGGUGCUCAAUCUCAUUCGUCGCAUAACUGGCAACAAAAGCUAGCUGAUUGGUUAGAGCGCCGGAUUGUGUUGUGCGGGAGGUCGAGGGUUCGAGCCCCGGCCGGA